AUGCGAGCAGCCAAGGACCAGUCGCCUCCCACAGGGGAGAAGACGCCUGUCCUUCCCUGUGACGAAGAAUCAUCCUUCGCCUCUGUAGAUGAUGUUUUCUUCUUUUGCGAGCAACAACAGACUGUAAACCAGGAAACUUAUCGCUCAGAGUCAUUUAAGAAAACAUGUUCCAAAGACGAGAAUCCAAAUGCCGAAGGUAAUUCGAAAAAAUCUAGUGCGAGAUCAGAGAGUAAGAAUUCUAAGCAGAAAGAUUCCUCUAUCUACACAAAGGACAAAGGUCACAGCAGAGUCGCCGCCGCCGAAAAAGUGACCGAUCACGAGUUUCUAGCGAAUCAUGCUGGAAAGGUUGUCAAGAAGCAUGCUUACUUACCGAAAAAUUUGAAAAAUCCUUUUGCUCAAAGCCAGAAAAAUAUUGUUCACAGAAGUUUGAAGAAUUCGUUUGGUCAGAAUAACAAAAAAACAGACGUCGCAUGCCAAAGAAAUCAUAGGCAUUUUAUAUGCCGAAAAUGCGCGAUCGGGGAAAAAUCGGUCGCAUCGUUUUCUAACGCUUCCGGUGAUAUUAAAAAGGAUGUUACUGAUUGUAGAGGUACUCUUACUCAGCCUAUAUCGGAGAAAAAGUCUCCGGGAUUUCAAUUCAAGUACAAUUGCAUAGAGUCGAUAUUGGACUCGAAUAGCACUAACAAAGACAGCGGCCAACGUUAUUACGAUAAAAUCUCAAUCGUGGACAACAUUAUGAAAUUCAAAAAAUCCGACACAGCACACACAAAGACUACAGAAUCAACAAAGAAGUUUCCCUGGAGUACCAAGAUGUGUACGUGCACGAAGAUAAGGAAAAAGAGUCUCGAUAAAUGCAAGGAACAGGAGAAGAGUGAUUCUACCGAGAGCUUUGAUUCCUACAAUGACGCCAAACAGUUGAAAAAGAAGAAACCUGCUUGUAGCCCGUUGAAAAAGUCCGGCCGAUCAUCUCUGACAGUGAACUCGGACAAAAUCACUAUUAACUUGCCAAAGUAUUCUCCCUGCGCGAGCCGAUUAGCCGCGAGCUCAAAAAUUUUGUCAUCCGAUAUGGUGGCAGAUCCAGAUAGUCCGCUUCAUGUUCCACGCUCAAGAAGCCCGUCUCACGUCGAUGUACAAACCGAGAACAAUCCUGCGAAGCUUUCGGAAAGAACAUCGUCGAUGCAAGCCAGUUUAUCUCUGAACAUACAACAGUUCCAGAAGACCCGUUACACUCCGCGUAGCAGAAGCGUAGGUGACAGCUGUGUAACAUCGCCGACAAGUGAAGCAACUACAGUGAGCUAUUCGCCCACCGGCACAGAAAUAUUAUCUCUGGAAGAGGUUGGGCCACACACAUCGCAUACAACAUCGGCCGAAGGUUCGGGCAGCAGCUAUUCGGAGGUCAAGGAGAAACUAGACGCUGAGUGUUCCGACAAAGUCAAGAGAGCGACUUUGGAAACAAAGUGUUAAUGAAACUCGCGCACUUUUGAUGCCACGCCGUGUUUCGCCAUUCUCUCUUCCACGUAUAUACGUAUUUUACAAAAGAAAAUCACGGUUCCAUACGCGCGUUAUAACCCGUUUGAACUGUCGUGUUAGUGAGAAACUGUACACAAAGGCGAAUAUAUAUAUAUACAUAUAUAUAUAUAACAAGUUUAUAAGAUUUACUAUAUUUCUAGAAAUGCGAGAGUAUAUACAUACUGUGCAUAUUGAAUAUUCUUAUCUGCGUAUACACAUUCAAACACACGCGUAUUUGCGUACACGCAUGGAUAUUAAAAGCCGUUUUUUGCAGAAUAGGCUACAGAACGUUGUUGCGACAAAACGUCGAGUAUUAUUAUUAUUUUUAUUAUCCUUCUUAAAGUUAUAGGAUAUCUGAUGGUUCAUGUGUGCCGAAACAUUUCUUUAUUUCGGAAAGUAUGAGGAGUGUUGCUGGCAUGUAGCGCGAAAAGAUAUCUCGCUGAAUAUCCGCAUUUUCUUAAUUUAAUUUAAUUUACGACUAGUAUUAUUACAUUUUUUUUUUAUUUAGCUGAAGCACCUUUUGAAGACUUUAAUGUUGAAUUUAUCAAUUUAUCAUGAUUGUUAAAUGCAUUUUUAUACUUUUUUUAUUUCUUUAUUUGUUUAGGUUUAAUUAAGGCAAGUAGAAUCUUUGUACUAUGUAGAAACGCAUUUUAUUGUUUUGGUAUGUGAAAGAUCUGUUUUAGCGAGAAAAUGUGGAUUUUUUCAAAUUGCAUGUUUUGCGAGUUGUUGGUAAUUCCCAUGAUGAUAAAUGAUGGUUGUAAAAGUGAUGAGGGCAUUUGUUCUUAUAUCCAUGGUGAAGAUUCGUGAGGAGAAUUGGAAAUCUUCCAAGGUAGAGAUAUGAACACAUGGUGGCACGGCUGGAAUUAGCAAACCGGGAUAAGAAAUCAUACGAGCAUGCAGUGUGUCCCGCAAAAAUGUUUUUGCCGAUAUAGCUGGACAGGACAAAAAUCUUGUAAGCAACAAUAAGAAUGCAAAUAGCUAGGGACAAUAUUACUGCCAAACUUGACUAUGAAUUAAUUAAUUUCUAAGGAAGUGAUGCGCGCGCGUGCGAAGGACCUCGUCUAUAUAGGUACGUUUCUCGUUAGUAUUUUUAUAUCUCGAUAAUGUAAAUACAGAGUACAGUUAAACAACUUUUUCUUUAUUAAUGUAUGCGACAGUAUGAGGCGGUUGCGUGGAAUGCCAAUGCGGAAAUACCGCGAAAUGUACCCUCUUGCGUAAAGCAAUUUUGCUACUUCUAUGAUAGAAUUGUUGAUACUUUUUACUGGUCAAAAUUGUUUAUCGGCUAUCGCGACGUCAAUGUUAACGAAGAAAAUUUUAAGACGAGUUGAAAUAUCGAUUUUAUGUAUCGAGAUAAGGAGUGAUACAUCGAGUGUAAGUCGACUUUUACCUUACUUCAGGUUAUUGUAUCACAAGAUGUCCUCGCAAUUUGUUGGUAAUGUUACAAUCGGAAAAUAACGACAUGUGACAAAUGUAUGAGCAAGAGAAAGAGAUAAUGCAAAUUAGUUACAAGCAAGAUUUUACUAUGCUUUGCACGGCAUUUUUACAAAAAAAAAAGCUUUGUUUAAUCUGCACGGCGUGAUUCACAAAAGUGUUUACAGUGGAUCUGAUGAUGAGGACACUCAAGUAAGAGUAGGUCUAAUUUUU